AACAAGUCCCACAUUACAGUCCAUAGAAUCUCCAACCUUUAUUUCCUCACAUUUUCACUUCAACAAUGGAGAAAAAUCAUCUGGCCAUUCAAGCUGCUCUCAUGAGACAAUCUUUAUUCAGUCAGGGGUACCUUGAUGGCCAUUUUAUUCAGUUAGAGGAGUUGCAGGAUGAAACUGAACCUAAUUUUGUUGAAGAUACUAUUAAUCUUUUCUUCAGAGAGUCUCCCCAAUUUAUUGUGUUCAUUGAGAGAGGACUAGAUAAGAGUCCCAUUGAUUUCAAUACCCUGGACGGGUACAUACAUAAAAUCAAGGGCAGCAGUUCAAGCAUUGGAGCUAAAAAGGUAUCAGACUUGGCCUUAGAGUUCCGAUAUUACUGCGAUGCACGAGAUGCAGAAAGAUGCAAGAAGGCUCUGGAAAAGUUGAAGAUAGAACAUGCAAUUCUGAAAGAGAAGCUUAAG